AUGCUGCUCGAUCAUCGCAAGCGACAAAAUGAAUCUGCCGAUGAGGAGCAGGAGUUUUCAGAAGUCUUUAUGAAAACAUAUGCCUAUACUGAUAGUUUCCGCAAGUUCAAGAACAAAGAAACCAUCAUGUCUGUGCGCAGUCUUUUAAUGCAAAAGAAACUGCACAAAUUUGAGCUGGCCGCGCUGGGCAAUUUGUGCCCGGAGGCGCCGGAGGAAGCCAAGGCAUUAAUCCCAUCACUGGAAGGUCGUUUCGAGGAUGAAGAACUCCGUCAAAUACUUGACGAUAUCGGCACUAAACGAAGCUUGCAGUACUAA